CUAUUGAAAAAUUGUAACCGCCAUAGCCGCUUCUGAAACUGUAACCUAACAAAACCCUAAACCCUUUACAACCAGCUACACUAAGCUGAGUUGAGCUUCUUUUGUUAUCCAUCGUCGUCGUCAAUGGCCGUCAACGAUGCUGACCAAUCAAACAGGCCUCACAGGUCGCGCCAUUCCGGUGCCAAGAAGGCCAAAUCCGACAAGAAGAAGAAGCAGCAGCAGCGCCAAAACGACGAUGGAGGAGACGAGAAGAGGCAAAACCCUAAGGCGUUCGCGUUCUCUUCCACCAACAAGGCCAAGCGCUUGCAAUCACGCUCCGUCGAGAAGGAGCAGCGCCGCCUCCAUGUUCCCAUCGUUGACCGCUCCUAUGGCGAGCCCCCACCUUAUGUCGUCGUUGUGCAAGGUCCACCGCAGGUUGGGAAGUCCCUGUUGAUAAAGUCUUUGGUCAAGCAUUACACAAAGCAUAAUUUGCCUGAUGUGCGAGGCCCAAUUACUAUUGUUUCAGGAAAGCAAAGGAGGGUUCAGUUUGUUGAAUGCCCAAAUGAUAUUAAUGGUAUGAUAGAUGCGGCAAAGUUUGCUGAUCUAGCACUGCUGCUUAUAGAUGGAUCCUAUGGUUUUGAAAUGGAAACAUUUGAAUUCCUUAAUAUAUUGCAAACACAUGGGUUUCCAAAGGUCAUGGGUGUUCUUACUCAUCUUGACAAAUUCAAGGAUGCUAAAAAGUUGAGGAAAAGAAAACAAGAAUUAAAACGCAGAUUUUGGACUGAAAUAUAUGACGGAGCUAAAUUGUUUUAUUUAUCGGGCCUUAUUCAUGGAAAGUAUGUCAAGCGCGAAGUUCACAAUCUCGCGCGGUUUAUUUCCGUAAUGAAGUUUCAUCCUCUAUCUUGGCGAACUUCUCAUCCGUAUGUUUUGGUGGAUCGUUUUGAAGAUAUCACGCCUCCUGAAAAAGUGCAUGCAAAUAACAAGUGUGACAGAAAAAUCACACUUUAUGGUUAUCUUAGAGGGUGUAAUUUAAAAAAGGGAAAUAAGGUACAUAUUGCUGGGGUGGGUGAUUAUAGUUUAACCGCUGUUACUGCUUUACCUGAUCCUUGUCCUCUUCCAUCUGCUGCUAAAAAGAAAGGACUGCGUGAUAAGGAAAAGUUGUUCUAUGCUCCUAUGUCUGGCCUCGGGGAUCUUUUGUAUGACAAAGAUGCUGUAUACAUAAAUAUUAAUGAUCACCUUGUGCAGUUUUCAAAAGUUGAUGAUGAAAACUCAGCCAUGACAAGCAAAGGUAAGGACAGAGAUGUGGGGGAGGUUUUGGUGAAAUCUCUUCAAAAUACCAAAUACUCGAUCAAUGAAAAGCUAGAAAAUAGCUUUAUCAAUAUUUUUGGUCAAAAGCCGGAAAUGUCAUCAGAAGCUGUAGCUGAUGCAUUGGCUACACACAAAGAUAACAAGCAUGAUAGCGAAGAAGAUGUUUCAGAUAGAGAUCAGCAUGGGAAAGCUAUUGAAACUGGUGAAGAUGGUGAUGGUUCAGAAUCAUCUGAUCAGGAUGAAGCUGGUGCCAUGAUGGGUGAAGCCAGUUCUUCUGAUGACAGAGAUGAUGAUGCAACUGAUAUGAAAGCCAUUCCUGGAGACUUGAAAGAACAUGUUGAAUUUAAAGACGGGAGACGAAGGAGGAAAGCAAUAUUUGGAAAUGAUGUUGAUCAAAGUGAUAUGAUGGAUUCAAAAGAGGAUAAUGAUGCUGCUAGUGAUGAUGCGGCUUCUUCUGAUUCAGAAUCUUUUAAAGAGGAUGACGACGACGACGACGAUGAUGAUGAUGAUGAGGACAAUGAUGACGACAAUGAGGAUGACACAGAUGAUGAUGACAUGGGGAAUGUUUCAAAGUGGAAAGAAUCUUUAGCGGAAAGGACACUCUCACGGAAAACUCCUAGUUUGAUGCAACUUGUGUAUGGUGAAUCUACUGUUAAUAUGACCUCUAUAAACAAACAGAAUGAUAGUAGUGACGAUGAGGAAAGUGACGAUGACUUUUUUAAGCCUAUUGAAGAAGUAAAAAAGCAAAGCAUGAAAAAUGGACUGAAUGAUGGAAUGGUCAACACUGAGGAUUGUUCCAAGUGUGAACCUUCUGUGGAUCAGAGAUGGGAUAAGAAAGAUAACGAGGGAAUCCGCAAUCGUUUUGUCACUGGAAAUUUGGCAAAAGCUGCUCUCAGAAAUUCUCUGUCAAAUGGUAACACUGAAGAGGAAAAUGAUGAAGUCUACGGAGAUUUUGAAGAUCUAGAAACAGGAGAGAAAUAUGACAAUUACCAGACAGAUGAUGCAGUUGCCACAACAGUACACAAAGGAGACGAUGCGGAGGCUGAGCAGAGGAGGCUCAAGAAACUUGCCCUACGUGCAAAAUUUGAUUCACAGUAUGAUGGCGAUGAAGUUGAGACACCAGAGGAAGAUGCGGGCAAUGAUGAGAAGUCCAAACCUCAUGGUCAAGCCAAUGAAAGUAGUUAUUUUGAUAAGUUGAAAGAGGAAAUUGAGCUUCGGAAACAAAUGAAUAUAGCUGAACUCAAUGAUCUUGAUGAAGAUACCAGGUUAGAGAUAGAAGGCUUCCGAAAUGGGACAUACCUAAGAUUAGAGGUUCAUGAUGUUCCUUGUGAGAUGGUUGAGUACUUUGAUCCCUACCAUCCCAUAUUGGUGGGAGGGAUCGGUCUAGGGGAGGAAAAUGUUGGAUACAUGCAGGCUAAGCUAAAGAGGCACAGGUUCCAUAAGAAAGUGCUGAAGACCAGAGAUCCAAUUAUAGUUUCCGUUGGAUGGAGGCGUUACCAAACAACACCAGUAUAUGCUACUGAGGAUCUCAAUGGAAGACUGCGAAUGCUAAAAUAUACUCCAGAACAUGCACAUUGCUUUGCCUUUUUUUGGGGCCCUCUUGCCCCUCCCAACACUGGGAUAGUGGCUGUUCAGAAUUUAUCAAACAAUCAGGCAACGUUUAGGAUUACUGCAACUGCCGUUGUACUCGAGUAUAAUCAUGCAGCUAGGAUAGUGAAGAAAAUCAAAUUGGUUGGUUACCCAUGCAAGAUAUUCAAGAAAACAGCAUUUAUCAAGGAUAUGUUUACUUCAGAUCUUGAAGUAGCUCGGUUCGAAGGUGCAGCCAUUCGAACUGUCAGUGGGAUCAGGGGGCAGGUCAAGAAGGCUGCAAAAGAAGAGAUAGGUAACCAACCAAAAAGGAAGGGUGGGCAAACCAAAGAAGGAAUUGCUCGGUGCACAUUUGAAGACAAGAUUCUGAUGAGUGACAUUGUUUUCCUGCGUGCAUGGACUCAAGUUGAAGUCCCAGAUUUUUAUAAUCCAUUGACAACAGCAUUGCAGCCUCGUGACAAGACCUGGUUAGGAAUGCGCACUGUUGCAGAAUUGAGAAGAGAACACAACCUUCCUAUACCUUUAAAUAAAGAUUCACUUUACAAGAAAGUUGAAAGAAAAAGAAAGAAGUAUAAUCCACUGGUGAUUCCGAAGUCUCUACAGGAAAAGCUUCCCUUUGAAUCAAAACCCAAGAAUACGCCUAAGCGGAAGAGGAAGUCACUUGAUCAGAAAAGGGCUGUCGUCAUGGAAAGCGCUGAACGUAAAAUUUGUCGUCUUUAUCAGCAUUAUCGACUUAUCGCAAAUAAUUCGGAAAAGAAGCGAAAGAUUAAUGCAGAAAAGAAGAGGAAAGAACUCGAGAAGGAGAGAGCGAAGGAUGAACUUCUGACGAGAAAGCGCCAGAGAGAGGAAAGACGAGUGAGAUACCGUGCGCAAGACAAGCAGAACAAGAGAAUGCGGAGAGCCGAAGCCUGAUAAGAUGAAGUUGAUUCUGCCUUGUCAAAAGAAUUGACAAUUUCAGCAUCACGGAGAUUGUGUUGGAAGUGGUGUUACUGAUUAGUCAAAGGAGAAGCAGCUUUUUGGUCCAUAAAAAUGGUUCUAAAAUCAACCUGCUGAUAGUUAAGCUUGGUCUAGAUCACAUCAUUUAUAUGGUGCAGGGCUCACACUAAACAAUUUUUACUUGAUAUCAAUUUUGAUCCCCAACUUUGCUUAUGCAAUUACAGUGUAAAAAACAUUGAAAAGGAAAUUUAUUAUUUGUUAUCUAAAUGGAAUUAUUAUUUUUACCUGAA